UUUUGACUCGGUACGGUAUAAAAUUAAUAUAUUAAUGGAACAAUACAAGAAUUAAGAGAAUAUUAAAAAUAAAAUAGAAAAUAAUAUUUCUGAAAAUGGAUAACGAAGGAUAUAAUGAUGAUAGUUUGGAUAAGAAUAAGCAAAUUUACAAAAUAGAAUUCAAUGAAAAUAAUGUAAAACAAGAACCACAAACCUUAAAACACACAUUUGAUGAGGCUGUCAGUUUAGUUGGUGUUGGAAAAUUUCAUUAUAUUCAUUUAUUAAUAUGUGGAAUUUGUGUAUCAGCAUUUAUGACUGAAACAAUGGGUGUUAGCAUAAUAUUAGUUUCAGUAAAAUGUGAUUUAAAUUUAACAUUACAAGAGCAAGGAUAUUUAGCAUCAGCCGGUUUUUUAGGUGUUGUUUUUAGUGCUCAUACAAUGGGACUUUUAUCGGAUACAUGUGGAAGAAAUAAAACUUUAAAAUAUUCUGUAUUUUUAGCGUCGAUAUGCUCAUUUUUAUCAGUAUUUGCAAAUACAAUUUGGACGUUAAUUAUAAUAAGAUUUUUAGUUGGAUUUUUUAUGAAUGCUUGCCAAUCGUGUUCAUUUAGUUAUUUGGGAGAAUUUCAUAGUAGUAAAACUAAAACAAAAUUUGUUACAUUUUUAAUAAUAUUUUUUGCUAUCGGUGCUACUUAUUUUCCUGCAACUGGAAUCGGUAUUCUACCACAAGAAUAUAAUAUUUAUCUAGGUUCAAUUAAAUUUUCAUCAUGGAGGGUACUUUUAUUAAUAAAUUCAAUACCGACACUGGUUGCUUGUAUUACAUUACCAUUUUUCCCAGAAAGUCCAAAAUUUUUACUUGUACAAGGGAAGCAAGAUGAAGCAAUUGAUGUUUUAAGAAAAGUUUAUAAAUUUAAUACGGGAAAAAAUCCAAAUACAUUUCCAGUUUCUUAUGUAAUUUGUAAUGAAGAUUUAGCUAGUGAUUUAAGUAAAGUAAAAAAUGUUCAUGAAGCAUUAAAAAUAAUGUGGGCCCAAACAAAACCACUUUUUGAUAAACAGAGACGUUGGACAACAAUUAAUUUAAGCAUUUGUCAAUUUGUUAUAUUUUUUGUUUGCCAUGGCAGCUUUAUGUGGAUACCCGGAAUGAUUAAACCAUUGGUUGAAUAUUCAGAUACAAAUUUAACUUUAUGCGAAUCAUUUCGAUUAUAUACUGAGGAAUUGCGUCAAAUUUCAGGAAAUCUUUCAAUUUAUGAUGAUUAUAAUUCAGAAUGUUCACCAUCAAGGCGUGUUGAUGUUCUAGUUUUAGAAAUUUUAAUAAUUGCUGGAAUUGGUUUUGGAUUUGUCUACUUCGUUUUUGCUUUCAUUAUUGAUUUUGUUGGAAAAAGAAGAUUAUUAUUAAUUUGGAUGACAUUAUGUGGACCACCAAUUCUUGGUUUAAUAUGGGCUAGAGGUUUUGCUUUUAAUAUUAUAUUAUUAUUUUUCUAUAUGCUUUAUGCUGAUAAUGCUGGUCUUAUAACAUCAAUAACAGUUGCUUAUUAUCCAACAAAUAUUAGUGGUAUGGCACUUUGUUUAAUAACAAUGAUGGCACGUUUAGGUUCAUUUGUUGGUAGUAAUGUUACUGGAAUCAUUUUAAAUUAUCAAUGUGAAUUUUUAUUUAUAUUAUUAGGUUCAAUGGUUUGUUUAUUAUUUGUUUUAUGGAAUUUCUUACCAAAUGAUAAAAAACAAAAAGAAAAUGUAAUUAAAUAAUUAUUGAAAUAUUUUAUUAUAUAUGUACAUAUAUAUAUUUUUAAAUAUGUAUUUAAUUUAUUUUCUAAUUAGAAUUAAUUAAAAUGUAGUUUUAUAAGAAAUAAAAAUUGUUGUACUAAGUUAUUUCCUUUUAAUAUUGCAUGGAUAUUCGGAUUUUUUCUUCAAUUUGAAAUUUCAACAAUGAAUGCUUCGCAUAAAAGAAAAUCCUGGAUUAUCUUUGGAAUAAGGAAUAUUCCAUAGACUAGGAGGAGCUGAAAAAAAUUUUAAUAUCAAAUUAAAAAGUAGAAUAAUAUUAAUGAAUUAAAAAACAUACAACCUUAAAAUAAAUAUUCUAAAAUA